AUGGCGGUUUCGGGGGCAUGUGCUGCUUUCUCGUGCCUGUCUAUCUUCGUGUUGAUGGCGCGACAUGCCAUGCACUUCAGCAGACCAAAUGAACAGACCAAGAUCCUGAAAAUAUGCGCCUUGAUCCCCAUCUAUGCGGUACUGUCCUUCAUCACAAUUGCGGUGCCAGACAGCUACGUUUAUUUGACCCCUUGGAUCGAAGUAUUCCAGGCAAUCGCCCUUGGGAGCUUCUUUCUCCUCCUGUGCGAGUACGUAUCACCCAGCGCACAGACUCGCGACGUCUUCUUCGCCGCUCUAAAAGUGUCCGAGAAGAAGGGCAAACAAGUUCAAGGGCUGGGAUGGUACAGGAGACGAUGGUUCCUCAUCUUCCAAUACCCGCUGGUCACUUUCGCAGUCGCCAUUAUCACAGAUGCCACACAACCAAGUAAUGAAUACUGUCUGGAAAGCAGUAACAUUCACUUCGCACAUCUCUGGUGUUCUAUCGCGAGCCGCGUCUCAGUGACCUUCGCCGUUAUCUCAGUCCUCCGGUUCUUUGGGGUACUGAAGAAGGACUUGAAGCACCACAAACCUGUUGCCAAGUUCUUGGCCUUCAAGCUGAUCAUCGCGCUCACCUUUGUCCAAAGUAUCAUCUUCCAGAUUCUCCGCUCGAAGGAUGUCUUGACGGGGACCUCGAAACUCACCUACGCAGAUGUCAACUUCGGCAUCCAGACCAUGAUCAUCUGUUGCGAAAUGGUGCCCUUCGCCGUCUUCUUCCACUAUGCCUACGACGUGCGUCCUUACGACAUCUCCAAGCCGCAGCCUCUGCCCCUUGCUGAGAUGACCGAAAGUCCCAACCUUCAGAACCUGCAGACCGGCUAUGGUGGUGCUGGUCAGUACCAGUAUCCUCAGCAGCAGCAGCCGCAACACCAACCCCAGUCUGCGGUAGAAGGCACACGCUUUUAUCAAGGUGGUCCUCUAGGUAUCAAGGCCUGGUUGAGUGUACUGAAUCCGAUGGAGAUUCUGGAGGCCAAAUAUUUUGCUUUCGUCAUGAAGUCCGAAUCCAAACGAAGGAGUGCUGAAGGCUCUCCUGCACCACCUUACACAUAUCGGCAAUAG